CGCCGCGGCUCGGGCACCGCCCCCGCCUCCCAGGCUCCUCUCCGGGUAAACAGCGAUGGCCGCCGAGGAGGGAGGCGGAGAGCCCCGCGACGGCAUGGGGAACCACCUCCAGUUGGGGCCCGCAGAGAGCGAGGAAAUGGAUGACAAUGAAAUGGAAGUUGAAGAUCAAGAUAGUAAAGAUGCUGAAAAGCCAAACAUCAUUAAUUUUGAUACCAGUUUGCCAACGUCACAUGCGUAUUUAGGCUCUGAUAUGGAAGAGUUUCAUGGAAGAACGGUGCACGAUGAUGACAGCUGUCAGGUGAUUCCAGUGUUGCCUCACGUGAUGGUGAUGUUGAUUCCUGGACAGACAUUACCUCUUCAGCUUUUCCACCCUCAAGAGGUUAGCAUGGUGCGGAAUUUAAUUCAGAAAGACAGAACGUUUGCUGUUCUUGCAUACAGUAAUGUACAUGAAAGGGAAGCACAUUUUGGAACAACAGCAGAAAUAUAUGCCUACAGAGAAGAGCAGGAAUAUGGAAUUGAAACAGUCAAAGUGAAAGCAAUAGGAAGACAGAGAUUCAAGGUGCUUGAAAUACGAACACAGUCGGAUGGAAUCCAACAGGCUAAAGUACAAAUCCUUCCUGAGAGAGUGUUGCCUUCGACAAUGUCAGCAGUACAGCUGCAGUCUCUCAGCCGAUGCCAUGUAUUUCCUUCUUCUAAGCCUACAGCAUGGCAGGACCGAACUCUACAUCAGUGGUGGCAGAAAUAUCAGAAGAGGAAGUUCCACUGUGCAAGUUUGACAUCUUGGCCUCCCUGGCUCUACUCUCUGUAUGAUGCUGAAACCUUGAUGGAAAGAGUCAAGAGGCAGCUACACGAAUGGGAUGAAAAUCUCAAAGAUGAAUCUCUUCCAACAAACCCAAUAGAUUUUUCUUACAGGGUUGCUGCUUGCCUGCCAAUUGAUGAUGCAUUGCGUAUACAGUUGCUUAAAAUAGGUAGUGCUGUUCAGCGACUGCGGUGUGAAUUAGAUAUUAUGAACAAAUGUACAUCUCUAUGUUGUAAGCAAUGCCAAGACACAGAAAUAACUACCAAGAAUGAAAUAUUCAGUUUAUCCUUAUGUGGACCCAUGGCAGCAUAUGUGAAUCCCCAUGGAUACAUCCAUGAAACCCUUACUGUAUAUAAAGCCUCCAACUUGAAUCUCAAUGGGCGGCCAUCAACAGAUCACAGCUGGUUUCCUGGGUAUGCCUGGACUAUAGCCCAGUGUAGAAUCUGUGGGAGCCAUAUGGGGUGGAAGUUCACAGCUACCAAAAAGGAUAUGUCACCUCAAAAAUUCUGGGGAUUGACACGAUCUGCACUCCUGCCUCGUAUUCCAGAAACAGAGGAUGACUCAAGCCAUGACAGAUCACCGUUACUCUGCCUGUAAACUAGUAACCUGCGUUGGAGAUGAAAGGGCAGUAAGUCUGCCUCUUAAAUGCAUUUGCUCAGUUCUGCUUCUGAUGCUUACUUAAACUUAAAGACACCCAGGAAGCCACACCUACACACAAAAAACAACCAAACAAGCAGACUCACUACAUUUGGGAUAUUAUUGUUAUUUCGGACAUAGGGAGAACUGAAGGUUGAGUGUCUAAGAUAACAACUGGGGAGAGGAGGUGGCGUGAGACUCCAAGAAAUCAAUCUGAUCCAUCUGGGCAGACUUGAGACUGGACAUUCUCCUUCCUUGUAUAAUUUCAGAAAAUGUUUACUGCUGUCGACUUGCAAUGAAAGAAAGUGGGGGGUGGGAGGCUGAAAUUACAAACAAAGAAUAAUUUAUUUGAUAUAUGUAUGAUUGUAGAUAUUAGUUACUUGCUGCGGAGUGUUUUCCAUAACAUACUUAAAAGUGGUUUUGCUGAUAGUCCCUGUUUCUAACUAUGCGGAAUACUUCAGAUUUUAUGCUUGUGCUGUUUCCCAGGUAUUGGCUGAAUAUCUAUCUCUUCUGGCUCAUACUGCCUUGGUAAUGUCAGUAGCAGUGCUGUAACUGGCAAAAAAAAGCAAGAGCUUCCUACUGCCUGCAGCAAGAACAAUUGUGUUACAAAAUGCCCUUGGAAAUGAACCUCUGUGAAGUAUUCAGUCCGUACAAGUUGUCUGAUAUAUUUUAGUCCCUUUGACUUUAGAAGUCUUAGAUUUUAAACUGUUUAUACAAAAUACACAGGUAAGUUUCAGAACGUAAACUACAUUGUCGUUUACUGUUGAAUGUGCUUAGAGUUACUUUUCAAAAUUAUUUCUGUGAAGAUUAGUUAUUUACCAGCAUCUGUGUCCAGGGUUUUGUGAAGUACUCUCUAAAUACAUAAUUAUGGCAAUUUUUUGGGUUGAAUUUAUUUUGACAAGAAGUAGGCAACACCUUUUUAUUUUUUUCUCUUACUUUUUCAUAUCAUAAAGUAAAAUUUCACUUUUUCACCCUUACCUUAGAAAAGAGCAAGUUCCCGUAUGAAACAGAAGUAAAAGGCAGUGUGCUUUUUUUUAAUUUUGCCACUGAUUUAUUAGGAUUUUUUUCGAUGCACUUUGGUGAUCGAAACUGACAGUUUCUUCAGUGUGUUAUGUGUACAUACUUUUUUUUUCCUUUUGAAGCUGUAUCAUUCACUCUGUAUAUUCUUCACAGAAAAUCUUUGAGAACUGCAUUGUUAAAUAUGACACAGAACUACUUAAGAUUUAAGACAUCAGCCACUACUUGCUCAUUCUCAGUCAUGGCCCUACAUCAAACUUAGGCAGCAUGGACAGAUUAUGUCAGUGGAAGGCCAAGUCAGACCUCUAUACAAGGCAAGUAGCCGAUUUAAGUGGUAGGGUGGCACCUGCUACAGUGUAGUGGAAAAAAUACCCAGAUGUGAAAAGAUGCAAGAUGUUGCAAGGCUGUUAGGGUAGUUUAUAAUACUAGGUGUGUAGAAACUGAUGAUUCUGUAACUCAGGUUUAGUUCUCUGAAGCCUUCUACCUCUGUGCUUCUGUGAUAACUUUUGUUCUCUCCAUAGACAUGUUUAAUACUGUAUUUAAUUUUGUGUGCAGUGCUCUGACUUGCUAGUGAACUGUGAAAAGCAAUACUUCUUUGAAUAUAAUUCUGAACAAGUAGAGGGUGAAUGAUGGUUCAUUUUCUUCGAGAAAACAUUCUGUAUUUUGAUUUCUAUGAUAAGCUUCCAAAAGACUGAAAUGGUAAGCACUAGUGUGAGAGUGAGACUGUGAAAUGUUUGUACUUUGAUAGCCACUGACAUCAUGCUUAGCUUUCCCCUCACACCCUGCACAUGGACAGAGAUGCACACACAACACGCAGGUGUGUGCGCUAAGACAUGCACAUGGCUUAGCUGUAGGCCUGGUUUAUUUUCUCCCUCAAAGAUACCCAAUAUCUGUUGUUCCCAUUACCCUCUGUAGGGCUUGUGGGUGGCAAGAAGCUUGAGGAUCUUUAAAGUACCUUCUGCUGCCAUUCAAGUAUUCACUGAGGGUAUGAUGAAUGAGUUUUUCAAAGUCAUUGUUUUCCUAGCUAUUAUUGAACUUCAUAAGCUCUUUGGGGGUUUGGCAGAGUCUUUUGGAUUGCAUCAACUAAAAAUGGCAGCAUUUUGGCAAUGUUUGAAUAACAUAUAGACAUUUUUGGUAUUGUGUGUGUAUCUAGUCAAAUGUAAACUGAUAGAAUCAAGUGAGAUAAGUCAGGACUAAAUUUAGCACUAAUUUAAUUUUAUUGUUUAUGAUGCUGUUCCAGCUGUCUAACCUUCUGUGUAAUGUUUGCCAUUUCAAAGUCCCUGAUGCUUUCCAGGUUGAAAACAAGUGUGAUUCAGGUAUCUGCAGAGAUGAUGAAUCCUGCCAUGGUGAAAGUGGCCAUUUUAGUGCUACGCUAAAUGUAGCUAUUCAUACACUAAGUGUAUGAAUGCUCAAAAUGUACAGCAUGUGACUGAGAGGGUAGAUGUGGAGUCGUGGAGGGUUCUGGGCAUUGGUUAAUAUUUUCUAUGCUGCUUUUCUCAUUUUUGGAGAGAAACUUUUAGGUUAGGGUUGUUGAAAAUUGUUACUGGCAAAUAUGGACUUCGUAAGGUUUUGAGAGCUAAAUGUAAAGGACAUCACAUUUUACAAUUAUUUCCUAUAUUUACUACAUUUAUGGGUUGGCAUGUGCCUUCAUGAGUUAAUUAAUCUUGCUGGCAGCUGCCAAAAGGGGUCGUUUUUCUCUUCUCUCCCAUCAUAAUCCCUGUCCUUCUGAUGUGAGAUCUAGGAGUUGGGCAGUCAUGGCAUUGGUGUCUUGGUUGUGCAGCCACAUCUGUGUCAGGUCUGACGAGCAGACGUCUUGUGGGGAUGGAAGAGGGACUGCUUUGCACAGCAGCAGAUCGCAGCUGGGUUGGAGUCCAUGUGGCAUAGAAUUGCUCAUUUUCAAGCUGUUGUUGCAAUAGCAUAGAAGUGUCAUACAAUCAAAGCCUGUAAUAUAGCAAGUUUUCAUAUAUUUUAGUUUAGUUUUAAUGAAUAGGUAGAAUCACAUAGGACACUUGGCACACUUGAUCUAAACCAUGUUAAAAUAGUCCACUGUUUGGUUUUUUAAUAAUGCUAUUUUUGUAUGUGCUGCAAUUCAUUUUGUUCCUUUCAUUGUUUUUUCCCCUUUGUUUAAUUGCUUUGUAAAAGCUGCAGAAAGGGUAGCACAUUCUCCGCUUUAACUCUUCUUCUCUCUGCCUUUUGAGACUUUUCAGAAAAAUCUUGUUGCUUGCAAACAUUUGCAAAGAAUAAAAUUCAAUUUGUUUCAAAACUGAUCUUUCUUGCUGAUUACUGGGAUGGGAAGAAAGGAAAUGUUUGGUUUUACGUUGUGCUUUUAAACUGGUUAACUUCAAAAAGUCAUACGUGUGCCAAAAGAGUUUCAGCUUUACAGAAGGUGCAGGCUUGGCUGGCAAAGCACAGAGAAGGUAAGAAAUUACACAGAGGGAGCAGAGGAUGUCAUUCCAAUUAAUAAUCAAAAUGAAACAAUAAGCCCUUCAUCUCAAGCUCUCUUUCUCUCAUCUGUGCACUUUCUUGCCUUAAUCCACCUGAGUAAUUCUUAGCUUUAGUUCCAGUUUAUUUUCUCUGUAUUAACUUCCCAAAGUAUAAAACCGCUGAUGUUUUUUUUUUCCAGGAUCCCCUUUAUCUCCAGUUUCUCCUGCAAAAAGAAAUUAAUAGGUAAAUAUAUGAGGGCAUUAGGUAAUGGAAAUAUGGAGAAGAUGAAGCUGGAGCCACUGAGGAAAACUAGUCGGAGGCUUUGCAGACAGGCUCAGCAAAAGCAUCCAUCCUGAGGGAAGGAGGGAGAGAAGAGCUGAGUUGGCGAAGCAGCAGGUGCUGGGAUGGCUGGCAGGGAGGGGAACCAAGAGGCGCUGGUGGAAAAAAAACAGGCUGCAUAAACGUGGGCUGAAACCUAAACUUCCCCCAAGCCUGUUACUUUACACAUCAUCCUAAUGGUAAGGGAGGACAAUUUAAUCAGGAAAGAAGGGAAGUUUAAGUUUACAGGUUUUAUCCAAGAGCUGACAGCUCUUGCAGGAGUCUCCUGUAAUGGUUCAACCAGCAAUACUGGAAACGUAUCCUAGUAAUCUGGUUUAUUCAUCAAUUAAAGUUCUCUGAACUAGAUUGUCAAGGAAAUGCAAAGACACUGCUUUAGCUUAACUCAUGGUGCCAAAAUGUAAUUUACUGUUAGAGGUUUAAAUUUUGUUUAUGUAAUGGGCUUAAUGCUGCUUUGGGGCUCAAAACACAACAGCCAACUUUUUCAUUUUUUCUUAUGUGAUGGUUUUCGAAAUGUCUUUGCUACUUCAUAGCUGAGACCAUGUCACCUAUUUGAUCUCGCAGAGGGUGGUGAGAGUAUGUUCAGAAGCAGUGUUUAAUACCGCUCUCCCAGAGGUGUUACGGGAAGGGAUGAUAGCAACACACCUAUCUCAUGGUCAUUAUGCAGAUGAGCAUGAAAGUGCACCUGCCUGCUGCCAAGCAGUUCUUAGUUGACUUGCUAAGCAAUUUAAAAGUGAUUUAAUCUUUGAGUAAAAUCCCCAUUUUUCUGAAUAUUUUCAAAGCAAAUACAUGUGAAGUGGUGUAUUGGCAUUGGCCUUUCCUGAUGAAGCCUCACAGGGAUUUCCCAGGUACCUGCCCCAUUUGCAGAUGCUCUUUUCCAUGCAGACUGCACUGUUGAUGGAGGACUUUUUUUCCUGGUACAGAAUUUUUAGCAUUCAGAGAAGCUCUGCAGCAUUGUAUAAGCUUUCUCGUUCCUCUGUAUUUCAAGACCUGUUUUCUCUUCUGAGAGCUUGAACUGCUAUGUGAUGAUGUUCCCCCUAACAAAUGUUUGGAUAGCACGAAUUAAGUCUUGCAGGUUUUAUUUUGUUGUUUUUUGGGGUUUUUUUUCCCUAAGCAUUAUACAAAAUCAUAAGGACUUUUGUGACCAGAGCACAGAGUUCAUGAUGGGCAUCGCCACGUCACUGCUCACAAAGCCACAGGUAAGUGCUGUGGGAAAGAGACAGAGGACAGCUUCCCUGCCUGCUCUUGCGUUCCAUAGAGCUUUGUCUAGUGCUACACUGCCUAAAUGAGGCUAUAGGAUGGGUAGUUUAGACGAUAUGCAGGUAGUGGAGCAUGCUGAAUUGAAUUUCAGACUCUUAAAGUGCUAUUGUGUUACCAUAUUAUAAAGAAAUUAUCUAAAAUGUCAAAGCUUUAAAACCUUGUCCUCUUGCCCAGCCUGAUAAUGAAGGACACUGUUAAGUCUCUUCACUACUAACAUUCUGCCAAGGUAACGUAAUCAUUACUGUCCCACUGGAACUGGAAACAGCUUUAUAAGGGAGGAAAAAGAACUACUAUACCACAGCCAGUCACGCUUUGUGGUAUUCUGUAGGAUUUGUCAAAGCUUAUAAGAAAGGUCACCCGCCUCAACGAAAGCCCUGGAUACCUGAAGACUGUCCCAGUUCUAUUGAAUCCACGGAGAAAUUAUAAAGGCUCUGAAUUAGAAGCAUGUUACAUGACUUCCUUAACCUGAGGGCACUCCUAGGGAAGGCAUAUAUGUUUAGGAAGUUAAAAGAACAGUUCCUGUGCCUGCUGCUGCUGUUUCUGGUUGUGAACCUGCUCUGCUGUGUCUGUCUGUGUCUGUCUGUCUGUGUGUGUGUUGCACAGGGGAUGAUAGAAACGAUAUAUCUGUGUGUAUAUUUUUUUUAUUAUACACAGACACAUACACACAUAUAUACAUAAUGUAUCUAUCUAUCUGUCUGUUUAUUGGUUCUAAGAUUUUUGUAAAUAUAUAUAGAAAGUUUAGGAGCUAUAAAUAGGUAACUACAUCAUAUAUAUGUGUGCAUACAGUGGAGGGUAUGUAAUAUAUAUAUUUAUUAUAUAUCUAAAUUAGUAUUUAUUUUAAUAUCUAAGUUUAGGAGCCAUAUAUAGAUCAUAUUUCUAUGUGUAAAUAUAUUUUUUAUUACACUGCAUAAAUAUUAUGUAUAUAAGAUAUAAAGUUUAGAAGCCAUAGCUGGGUAGUGUAUGUGUGUGCGCAUGUGCACGCGCACACUCUGUGUAUGACCCUGUAUUUAAAAAAAAAAAUAUCACAUUCCCAGCAAAGGCCAGUAAGGCAGCGCAGUGGGAGCAUGUUGGAGGCAAGAGAGAUGCUCUGGCACUGCCCUGCGCAGCGCAGCCUGUGUCCUCCUGAAGGGCUGUUGUACUCUCCUGCCUCCCUCCACGCAGUGUGGAAGUCUCGGAGCACUUGCAGUUAUUUUUCUCCUCUCUUUGCUUCAGCCCCGAGGUUUAUGGGCUCUGCAGGGAGAAUUAGCCAUGCCCUCUCCCCUUAAAAUGCAUCCAAGCCAAUCUGGCCUUUUAAUCAUUUUUACAGAUCAUUACAUCUUGAGAGAAUGGUAAAAACCUUCAUUAAUCCUCAGAAGCCAUCUGCGAGGGAAGGCAGUUUGUAUUAUUUACCAUUUUGCCCUUCACAGGCAGUUCCCUCCUCGGGUGGUGAUGAGCACCGUCAGGCACAGGGGGGACCGUGCCUCAAACCCUCCCCCCAGUACACAAGGGCUCUGGGCUCCCAUGGGUGCUUCACUCUGCACGGUGACGGCGGGUCUGUCCUGGCACUUACAAUUCAAAGAAAUUCACCCCCAGGAAAGAGCUUAUUUCAUUAUUCUUGCAAAUUUUUGGGAUAUGUCCGUCCACCCCCCAAGGACAAGCAAGCUUGCUUAAAAUAAGAUAUUGUUUUGAUUUUAUGCAGGUUCAUUUUUAAUAGGAUUUAAUGUCUUUGAAAUAUAAUAAAACAGAGAUGCUGGAUAGACCAACUGGAAACCUCAAGUGGACCACAGUUUUCAAACGAGCUAUUUGAUUAUUAACUGUGCUAACUACCCUGAAUUCAAAGCAGGACUGUUUAAUUACGAUACUUCCAGAAUAAUCUGUUUCUGCUGGUUUUUUUCACAGGCACUGGAGAUUGUAAAGGGUUCAAGCUUGGGUCCUUAAAAAUCCUACCUCCAAGCAGAGUCUGACCCUGACUGCAAUUUUAGAUAACAUAUAGUUACUAAUAUUUUUCAUCUCCACAGAAGCUGCCUUAAAUGAUGCAGUUUUAUGUUCUUUACAAGAGUCUACUACAGUGCUAAAUUUUAUUACUUGUCUCCCUCCCAAGAUUUCAGUAGUUCAAUAAAUUGCAUAAGGAGCCUUUAAUUUAAUUACAUAAUUAAAUAAAAAAAAAUCAUGUCUUAUCAGUUUUACAUUGUUAAGAGAAAACCAGCACUUCUUUUCUUCCCUGCUGUCUUCCUGAAGUUCCUAAGUACCUUCAGAAUAAUUUAUUUAAAGUAACUGACUUCCUAGGAAAAAAAAAAAAAAAAGCAGCUGGAAGGUUAACUAUAGGAAAGCAUAAAACUCUGAUUUUUUUUGAAGCACUGCUCUGGUAUUCCUGCCAUCUAGUGUUGCAAGAUGAUAUCAGAGGAAAAUUAAAUUCAAAGGCCUUUAUUAGUUACCAUGGUUUUGUAGGAAAACUUAAACCUGCAAUAGCAUUUACAUACACAGAGAAGCUCUCAGUUUGAGCUAGUUUUUUGGGUUUUUUUUUAAAGCACACCAAAAAAAACAGGCAUGCAAAUCCACAUUCGUUGAGGCCAGCCAGAAGCAGCAUUGCUUCAUAAAACCCGAAUUCCACAGCAUUACUUGGUGGCUAGGAAUUCUUCAUUAACCCAUGAUGAGUUAUCAGGUACUACAUGUGAACAACUCUCUCCUUGUCUAGUUUUCCUUCCCCUCCUCAGCUUUAACUAGUAGUCAACCUCCUUCUCCUAUUUUCUGAAUUGUUAUCAUCAAUAUAUUUCUUCAUUAAAUUAUUUAAAAUCUCCUUUUGAAUUGAAUUCAGACUACAUUUUUAAUGUGGAUGUGUUCAGUCAGUAGAAAAGUAGGAUAACUAACAUAGAAGCAACAGAGGGAAGAUCAUGGUAUGAUAAGAAUAGGAAUGUUAAGAUUUCUUCCCAAAAUUAUCCUAUUGAGUUAAACAGAAUGCCUGUAAAUGAGAGAGGAGGUGAAUACCUCUGUGUCUCACAGCUGCGAGUUACAGGAAAAGGUGUGGGGAGAAAUAGUGAAGGUACUGGCACUUUCUCAAGAGAGUUUGUCUACAGGUCAUAGCUCAGGCUCACUGACAUCACUGCCUGAAUUCCACCUGCAUCUCGCUGGGAAUGGAAAGGGAACUAAAGCAGAAGUCAACUACUGGAUACAGCAGGUAGAAAGGCAGGGAAGCUGGAUCUCCCUUCCCGUCCACUAUUAACAUUAAUAGCAUGUUUCACACAUGAAGUUGAAAAGAUACCAUGGAACCUCUGCCACUUUUUAUGGAUUUAGUUACUCGGGGAUAAACAAGGGACAGAAAAACUACUGAAGAGAGUAAUUCACAAUAUUGACUCAGCUAAGUCAUCCUUUUAAACUAAAGCUGAUUCUGGAAUUAUGGAAAAUAAAACUU